AGCGGGUCUGGGGAGAGAGGGCAGCGCAGCGCGGAGUCUCCGUGUAGUGACUGUAGUAGUUUAGCGUUAGCUUUAGCCGCAACCGGGCUCAGAUCCCCUCCGCUGCCCGACUGCCUUUUCCCGGGAACAUCGGCGUUCACGGCGUUAACCCCUCGUUAUUUGAUCCGACACGGACCGCUUGGGCACCUUCGGCCAGCGAUGGGCGCGUUUCUGCGGCUCAGCGAGGUGUGAAGUCUUGGCUGCGUGAUUCUGCCGGAAGCGCUAUGGAGCCGGAUGUGAUCCGCAUGUAUUCCUCCUCCCCUCCUCCUAUGGAGGACGGCGCUGAGGAGGAGGACGACGAGUUUAGCGAUUUCACCGGCGUCCCGAACAGCGUCAGCUUCUCCGAGUUUGACACACCGACAACGUUCAAUCAGUUGCAGGCGUUGAACGCCACGUCGCCACCGGAGCUGAUCACCAACGGUCGAAUCGUGGGGCUACAUGGACCGACGGGACCCGUAAAGUCCAACGGUGGGAUUCCAAGCAGCGACCAAGGGGGCGGUCCUGCUUGUAGGACUGUUAACGUGGAGGAGCUAAAAAAGGCCACGGAGCGUAUGCACGGAGCGUACACGAAACAUUCGGACAUUUCAGCGAACGACUGGACUGCUAGCGAUGCUGUUGACUGCAAUGGUGGUGUGGGAGGGGUUGAAACCUUGACGAAUGGCUUUGCAACUUUUGACACAGAGGGAACUCCUCCCUCAUGCCACAAACACAGGGAAACUGGGAAUCCCUCAGUGGAUUACUGUCCUGACGCUGUCGCCAAUGACAAUGAUGAGGAUUUUGCGGAUUUUUCUGCUUUUUCACAUGCUGACGUUUCCGGUGGAGGUGCAAACUGGGAAAACUCGAAUCAUGAAGACAGAUUAGCUGAGGACACUGUUAAACAGGACAAUGACAAAGAUGCUUGCGUAACAGGGUUUGCCUCGCUAGCGUUUACUGCGGAGGCUUCUGAUGGCCUCAGCAACGGAGACUGGAGUUUCCAUACAGGGGCUAGUUUUGAACAAAGGGAUUUGGAAACUGACAAUGCACAUGUUAUUGCUGUUAGCACGGAGCAGACGUUAGCCCAAAACGGUGUAGCACAAAACGGCCUGGAAGGUAAGGGGAAGGUGGACAACAGGGUGUCGCCCGUCUCGGAAGACGAAAGAGGCAGCAGUAGUGAGCCAACGGAGGAGAAAGGGUCUGGGAACGAUACGGAAACGGAGACCGAAACUGAGACCUCUUUUGGUCGGCCACUGUCCACAGACGCACUUGAGGAAUUCGGAGAUUUCAGUACGACAGGUUCCGUACCUUCUCCUCCGCUCCAGGAAGAGACGGCCACUCCUGCCGACCACAGCCAGUUGGCUGAGGAUGACGAUGAGGACUUUGGAGAUUUUGGUGACUUUGGAGACGCUAGCUCUUUUGGUGGGGCUGGCUUCGCUGAUUUCGACCAACAGGGGGAUAUACCUUCGGAAUCGGUCUCCCAGACCAACCUGGAAAUCACUUGCACCGAUGAGGACGAGUUUGGCGAUUUUGAUGCGUCUAAAGAUCCCAGCAGUGCAGGACAGGAAAACGAGGAUGGGACGAAGUUUGCGGAUUUUCCUGGCAGCGAUAGUUUUGCGGACUUCAGUUCAGCUCCUGUCGAAAGCAGCGCGGACGCUAGCAGCGGAUGGCAGGCGUUCAACGAGCCAGACUCGAAUCGGGAACAGGGGGAGUCCUGGGCGGCGUUUGGUGAAGACCAGGGCUCGGCGUUUUCAGAAAAGAGCAGCGAUGAUUGGCAUGAAGGACAGUCUGUUCAGGUGCCCCCUAGUGGCAGCAGUGAGGACAGCAGGAAAGACAGCAUAACGGUCUCGCUGGUCAGCCGACUGGAGAAGCUUUUCCUGGUCAGUUUUCCUGAAGCUCCUGUGCCUCAGGUGGGGAAGGAGGUGUCUCCGCUCAAAGCCUUCCUCGAGCCUUCAGACAGACCAGAGCAGGAGGAAGGAGACACAGCACCAGCCAGCCGAGCGCUGCAGGAUGUGUGGCGGCAGCUGCAGGACAUCCACAACGCCUUUGGCCUCCGAUAUCAGUGGGGCGGUUCCCAUAGCAACAAAACACUGCUGUGUUCCCUGGGGAUCGACACAAGAAACAUAUUGUUCACAGGUCAGAAGAAGCAGCCGGUGAUCGUGCCCAUGUACGCUGCCAGUCUGGGAAUGCUGGAGCCCACUAAGGAGCCGGUGAAGCCCGUCUCGGCGGCGGAGAUGAUCGCAUCCAUAGCACAGUCUCCCUCCAUCUCUACGGAGAUGAGCACCUGUCCACCUGACUCGCUGCAGGAGACCCUUCCCCCAGUGCAGUUUGACUGGAGCAGCAGUGGCCUUACGAAUCCUCUGGAUGCGAGUGGAGGCUCGUCUCUGCUGAAUCUGGAUUUUUUCGGCCCUGUGGACGAGUCGCCCUCCAGCUCCGCCACCUCCAUACCAGGAGUGGACCCGGAGCUGUACGAGCUGACCCAGGCUAAGAUGGAGGUGAGCGGUGGGGGCAGCAGAGUUGCGGAUGCUUUCGCUCGCCUCAUGUCCACGGUCGAGAAAACCAACACCUCCACCAGAAGACUGCAGGUGCGUAAAGAGGAGAAUCUGAGUGAAGAAGCUCGUCGUGUUAUCGCCGGACUGCCCGAUCUUUCCUUCAUGCAGGCCAAAGUGCUGAUGUUCCCCUCCACGCUCACUCCACUCCCUCUCUCCUCUUCCUCAUCGCCCUCUCCUGUCCCAGACUGAUCCCUCCCUCCCCCAUCCCUCUACCCCCCCACUCCCCCCACUCUUUUAGCAUUUCACUCUCUCCAUAUCGUUCUUUUCUGUCUGCAGUUACUUCCUGUCUGCUUCUUAGAUUCUUUUCUGAGAUUUUUGUCGUCAUCUUCCGUUUUCCGGUUGUUCUUCUUUUGCUGUGAGUCACGUGAGAAUGAAGGAACGUCUUUUGGCUCUGAAUGAGUUUAGAGGAAGCGUCUUUUGGAGGAAAGUGGGCAAAAGAAACCCUUAUUUAUAGUCAUGAUUUACCGGUUUUGUUCAUAUUAGAGGUUCAAUAUGUAUAUAAUCAGGGAUAAGACUUCUCAUUUGAUUCCCCCCCUUAAAGGACUUUUAUGAUUCAGUAUGAUUCGUAUGUGUGUGUGUGUGUGUGUGUGUGUGGUGUGUGUGUGUGUGUGUGUGUAUGUAUGUAUGUAUGUAUGUAUGUAUGUUAAAUAUCUUUUUGCUGAGGAAACACUGGUUCAGAAGUCCUUCAACGAAGGCAAAAAAGUGAAGUGAAAUCAGUCACACGUAUAUAUACUUAUAUAAAUAUAUAUAAAUAUAUAGAUUCUAUAUAAUAAAUAUAAUGACUUGAAACCAUACUGCCUGCAAAAUUCUGCUGGGUGAUUGUUUUUUGUUUUGUUUUGUUUUUUUUUCCGACUAUACGAUUAAAAAGGCCUUAGUUUUUAAUAGUAUUGGUUAAUAUAAUUACAAUAAUGAUUAUUGUGUAGAUUUUUUGUCUUUCUUUAGUUGGUUUCUUAGCCCUUUAGCAUUACGUCGUCUUUUUUUUUGGUCUCGCUUUCUUUAGUUCGGGUUAUUAAACGUUUAUUGUACACAGCGCUCGCUUUAUUCCUCUGCUAAAGCCUCUCAUAGGUGAAGCCCAUCUACGAUUAGCAAGACGGUGGCUGCUUUUUUAACACACAGCUGCUUUCUCUGUUUCCUGCUGGAUUAUUUUGUGUUUAUAUAUAUUGUUGUUGUUAUAUUUUUUGUUUUAAACAUGGAGGGAUGCUUUUUAAAAAGUUGAAACCACUGACUCUGGACUGUAAUGUGAUCCAUUUGAUGAAGGAAUCGUUGAGAAAUGGAAAAAAAAGAAAAAGAAAACACGAUUGACUUGAAAUGCUUAGCGAAUAAGGGACCAAUACAUGCGUUUAUAUCUGUGGCUAUUUUAUUCCACCCUGUUAUCGAAGUGCUUAUCAAUGUCUGUUUUGCUGUCAGUCUGUUUGUUUUAGCUGUGGGACCCUAAAUGGACUUUUCCGGCAAACUUUUUUUCCCCAUUUGAGCAUUGCAUUGUGGGAAUUGUUGUCCAGAAACAGUCCCGUUUGGAGGCUUCCUUCUUUUGGCUUUUUUUUUUUCCCCCUUAAUUUAAUUUAAUUUUUUUUGUUUGUUUUGGGUUCUACCACUGUGUUGUCUGUCUCUCCGUGAGGAAUUUUGCACAUUGUAAAGAUAUAAUGGAAGUACUACUUAAUGACAUAGUUGACUGUGGCUUCUGACUGUGUACAGUGAGACUAUGAAACAUGUAAAAAUAACAGGAAAACAAAUGUUUCGGGAAAAAUUCCUAUGGAAAAAAUAUCUUACUGACGAACAUGAUACCCGCCCCCCCCACCCCCAGCCCCCAGCCCCCAGCCCCCUCGACAGGUUGAAACGAGCAUGUCCGGGCUCUUUUUGACAAACAGACAAACAAACAAACAAACAAACAGGAAACUUUAAGUGUGUAAAUUUUCUUUUAGUGUACACAAGAAAUUAAAGUAAUUUAAGAGAA